GUCGCGGCUUGUCCCGCUGGGCGUCCCAGGGACCAGGCCUGAGGUGGCAGCGCAGCUUGUGUUGGGCACGUACCCUAUGCAACAGCAGAAACAGAUGGCGGCGAACAAGCCACUGGCGCCAGGGGGCGGAUGAGAUGGUACCUCCAGCUCUGCUACCUAGGACUCUGCUGCUGGCUCAGGAACGUGGAUGCCAGGCUGCAGCCAGGCAGAGAGGAGGCGCAGCAUGCAGGUGCAGGGUGCACCGGAGUGCGGAGGGCAGGAAAGCCACCCACCAUUGUGCCAUCGAUGGCAGAAUUUGCACAGGCAGCUCCGCCAGGGCACUCGCCCCUCCUGCACGGCCGUGGCUGAGCUGGGAGCAUGCGAGCCCCAGCCGGCCCAGGCCCUUUGCUCACUAGGGUGGGGCAGAAGAGAAAGGCUAGGCUGGGCUGAGCAACACAUCGGGGCAGCCGGCACCCACAGCAGGUUUCCCCUCACUCACGGGCAAGGUCCUGUUCCCCUCUCCCCAGCAGGGUGCUCUCAACUCAGCUCCACCCCAGAGUCAGCUGGCUGCCUGGCCAGGACACCGCAGCUUUUUGGCCCUGUUGCUGCCCCAGAUCUAAGUGUCUGCAAUCAUCCAGGAGCUGGUAGGGGCUGGUCUCAGCAGGAAGGGACCUGGCGUCACCCACUAGCUGUGGGUCAGGUCCCCAGCACCUGGGGUCUAGUGUGAGUCUUCGCUCACGCCGGGGGGAGAAUCCAGCAUCGCAGCCAAGGCGAAGCCCACGCUGCCCCUGCCAGCCCGUAUGUGGCUGUGGUUAGAAAACAAAAUCAACCACCUCCCCAUCAUCACCUCUGCCAAACGCCCCACUCAGCCGGCUGCCCGUACCUCUCUCCAGCAGUGACUUCACUAUCCCGGAUCCCACCGUGCCAGCCCCUCCCAGCACCACGACCGCUCUGUCCGAGGCAGACAUCCCGCGGCCAGGUGGAGAGCAGGCUAGCGGCAGAGACACGCACAGGCUGUGGUGGCUCCCAGGCAGGGAAAUAAGUAGGGAAGGUGCAUACCUAGCUCCACCUCCAACUCCCACGGCCACACCCACUGCCCACUUAGCCCCGCCCCCUGCGUCUGCCCCCACCCGUCCUUUGCCUCCUGUCUCACUGUUGCUCGCUGGGUCAGUUGGGACUCAGUGGGCCUGGGACAAACGCCGUCGGGCCACCCUGGAUGCCAGCGCCGGGCUGAGUGCCUCGGCCAGUCUCAGUGAUGGGGCUCCCACCCCUGCCUCUGGGAGACUCUGCCAGUCUCCUGCCAGUCUCCUGGGUCCAUGCCAGCCCUCCCCUCGGUCACUGCCCCCUCCUGGCAGUCAUUUAGCCGAGAGCCGUGGCUAGCGAGGUCAGUUCCCUCCCUCUGCCCACCUCGGUGGGUUCCUCGCCAGCGCCGAGGUGCCCAGAGCGAGCGCAGCAUGUGGCUGCAGGUACCCAGCGCCCUGUCCACAGUGCCAUCUCUUCCUCUCUGCAUCGCCUCACUGCCCACUCCCUCUCUCCCCUGCCUGGGCUCUGUGUCCAGCUCCCCCUCUGGGAAUGCCCCAGGGAGCUGCCUCUGAUCUCAGACUCCUCGUGCAUGUCUGACGCCUCCUCUUCUGGGCCGUGCUCUGCACAGACAGCUCCCCGGCACGCCCACUGCUCCCUCCUCGCUCUCUUGGCAGGGCAGCCUCUGACACGGGGCCACCCCGUCCUUUGGGAUUCCCCCACUGCGGCACAGCGGGGACUGGGGACUGCCAUUGUGUGGGUGCUAACUCGGGGCAGGGUGGGGUUCCUCUACACCAAGACCACCGUCCCGUUGACUCCUUUGCCCUCUGCUCUGCUCAAGCCACAGACCUACCUGCUUCUCACUCCCAUUCCCUCCACUCCGGCUUGUAGCUACCACCUCUGGGAGGUCUGCUCCCUGGCUCUACACUCCUUUGGCUCGCCCCUGGCUCCCCAUCCACUUCCCUCACCUUAACAGCUUCUCUUGAGCAUGAAGAGCAGCCAUGAGCCGAGCUCCCUUUCCUCCCCUGCCCAGCCCCAUGAGCCUGAACUCUCCGUCAGCCCUCCCACCACUCCGAGCUCUUCGUCACGCCGGCCACACAUGCUGCGGCCUGCACUGGAGUCCCGCCAGCUCUCCAGCUCCGUGCCGUGCAGCCCACCUCCUUCCACACAGAGCAGCAUAGCCAUGUGCCCACAGGCUGCCGUGGGCUCCCUGUGGGCUUCAGGGUCCGGUUCAAAAUGGCCCAGCCAACCUCUCUGCUCCUCUUCCAGCUCUCAGUCACCUCCUCUCUGCCCCUCCACCACUGAUGGGAGAGCCUUCUCCUCUGUCACUCUUGCCAUGUGGAAUGGCCUCAUGCAUCUCUGCAACGGGAAUAUCCAACCUCUUUGCUCCUUUGUGGGCCCCUCUGCUGCAGGGCACUCUGGGUGGGACCGGCUGCACGAUCAGGGCCUGACCCAGGUGUGUGCCACAGACAAUCCCUUCCCCCCACCCAGGAAUGGGAUCAGCAAUACCUGUGUUUGGGGCGGGAAGGGUGUCUGUCUUUCAGUGAAGUUAGCACUGCCAGUGCUGGAGCUGGAUAGCCCCCUACAUCACCCCCUCCAAUGUGGGUGUGCUUCCCAUGGCCAGGCCGACCUAACAUUCCUGCCCACAGCCCCUCCACACCCUGCAGCAGAACCAGCCUGGGACCUGUGCUUUCCGCGGGCCGGCCUGCCUGCACUGCGGGUGCAUUAGCACUGGUCUUUGUCUCAGGCAGUGCCCGCUGUGGCAGGCUUGGCCCCGCCCCAGGAGCUCACUAUAAAGACAAGGGCAGCUUUAGCCAGCUCCUAUGAUGCCAGUAGGAUGCAUCCCAAAGGAAUUCUGCAGUGUAGACCAGGGCUGGGGGUGUGACUACUGACCCCAGGGCAGUCUGCCGGACCCUAAAUUGCCUGUGAGCUCGACACAGUAUUCAAUUUCACCAACCAGUUCUCAAGUGUAAACCCCUCAGGCACUAGAACCACCUUAACAAGGAGUCAGACAGUCCCCCUGGCUGCCCCGCUCUGUCUUGCCACCCAGGUGAGCCUGCCUUUGUGACAGAUGGGCCUUUACACCAAGGAUCAGCAAUAGUCAGGUCGAGGUGAGUCACUAACCCACCCCCAACUGCACGGCAGAUCUCACCCCAAAGACAACGCUUGUAGCCAGUCCUAGAAUAAUCCCUCUCAAGAUUUAUUAUGUAGGACAAGGAAACAAGACAGGUAUUGACAAGGCCAAAGCAGCAAGACACACACACAAAUGAGUUCCAGUUGUAAAUUUCAGAAGGUAACAGACGCUUGUAUGCUCAGCAAGCUCGGUAUGUUCUCCAGGGCUAACCCCGGCCAGCCACUGGGCAGCUUCCCUUACGCUUGGUGAUCUUUGCCUCUCACAGUGCAGGCAGCAUGAAGGCACAGAUCCUUCUUCCGAUCCCGUCUCACCCUGCUUGGAGCUGCAAACUCCGCUGCUGGGAGGAAUUCACUUGCAGGCCCGGGGCAUGGGCGGGACAGGGGUGUGGGAAGAAGCCCAGCCCGGCCCCCCUCUCUGGGCUCCGCAGGGGUCACACGGGGAACCAGGCCUCCCUGCAGCUCCCCGCCCCCGGCCACUGCCUAGCCCAGGGCCCCCCGGCCAUACAGGCCGCCUGGGCCGGCAGGGAGGGGGUUAACCCACCAGUGGGCGGGGCGCCGGGAAGCCACGCCUCUCAGCACGUGACCUCCGCUGGCCAGGGGGCGGAACGGGAGGAAACCGGAAGUUGUUGCCCGGCGGAAGAGCGGAGAGACCGUGGGCCGGCAGGAUGGGCUCCAGCUCCCUGGUGCAGCAGAAGUACCGGAAAUGUCUGGAGAGGGAUUUCCGAAGGGGCCACUCGGGGGUCUGCACUGACCUGGCCCUGAGGGAGUGGCUGCGGCAGCACCUGCUGGCAGAUCCGGAGCUGCACUACGCCCUGCGGAAUGACGUCUUCGCCACGCUCGCCAGCAGCCUUCGGGGAUGGGACGCCCUGCCCUUGGCACUCAGGGGGCUGGCCAGGGCCUUUGAGGUCCUUGAGCUGGCAGCUGUCAAUCUGCACCUCCUCCCUUGGCGCAAGGAGUUCAGCACAAUCAAGAUGUUCUCGGGGGUGUACGUGCACUCCCUGCAGGCGGCGCUGUCAGACAGUGACAUCGCAAAGAGCUUCCACAGGAUGGGAUAUGUGAAGAGAGAUGACCAUCACCUCGUGGUGUCCCAGCCACCCCCGGGAGCUGAGCUCGUCCAGGCUGCCUGCGGCUUCUUUGCAGCAAGGGUGGAGUGUGAGAUCCUGGGGGAGAUCCUGUGGCAGCUGGAGCCAUGCCAAGUGUCUGCUGAAGACCUGCUCCAGGUGCGGAGGGGCACCAGGGACCUGCAUGACUGUGUGGAGAAACUACAGAGACUUGCUAGAUGGCCGAAAGGCAGAGAGCCCAGAGCCACGGCAGCUCCUGGCUGUGCUGAAAGCAUUGAUCUCUAUGGGGCUGAGCUGCAAAGCCCAGAGGCUGCGACCCUGUACAGUGACCCCAUGGGAGCCAGGCUGCAAUCACCCCCAUGGGCUUUGUCCUCCCGGGAGCUACACAGGCCUCCCAUCUGGGAACAGAGCCCCACCCUGUGGGGUGAGGCUGUUGGAGUACCUGGUCCUGAGGAUCUCGGGGGAAACGAGGGAAGGAUCUGGGAGAACCGGGGGACUAGUGAAUCUGGCCAGGAGCAGCCUUAUAGAAAUGGGCCCAACUCAGAGGCUGCCGCCUUCUCUUUUAUCUCCUUAAGAGGGGAGCUUAGCAAGAUCAGUGACUCAGUCUCUCCUGAGACCACGGGGAGCACAACCCCGUCCCUGAGCUCCCCUUCUGACACUGCAGUGCUCAAGCCACACGGGGCAGCAAGCUGCCUAAUGCCCUGCUCUGCUGGCAAGGUUAUGCUCUCAGAGUGCAGAACUGCCAGAUUCUUGCCCAUGGCUACAGAGACACCAUGGGAGCUGCUGCCUGCUGCCCCACGGCUAGAGAGCAGCGAAAGGGAAGUGCUGGAGUCACCCUGCUACCAGCUGCAUUCAUGCCUGAUCCGAGGUGCUCUCCCCUCCUACUGCUGUGCCACAUGCUGCCUGCUCCACGCCAGCGGCUGUGAUGCCUUGCAGACCUGCAGGAGUAGCCAUUGCAUGCAGGAGCUGCAGAGUGAGCAGCAGAAGCUCCUGUGGUUACGGAGGACCCAGGUGGACAUGCUGCUGAAAGAAGGCUCUGGGGCUCAGCCCUAGCUACAGGACGAGCUGCCUCCCCAGUGCCUGCAAAUGCUGUGGGAUGUGUCAACCAAAUCCUACCUCUGGGGGAAGCAUCAGGACUUGCCUGAUGACACCUGGUUCUGUUCUAGGGGAAGCCUCUAGUGGCAGAGCUGAUUUCCUCCCCCUACCCCGCUACAGCAGUGCUCUGUAGAGACUCGCCCCAGAUCCUCCUCUGCUGUAGCUGCCUACGAUAACCCUGCCCUACAUUCAACACUACUACUCUUCCCUCCCAACUCCCAUAAGCCAAUUCCAGGGAUUGGCCUCCGCUGGGUCUCUGGCAUGAUCUCCUGGCCCUGCUUAGUCACAGCUCUAGCUUCCCGAGGAGCAGGGGCCUCUUAGCUCACAGGCUUCUCAGAACAGCCUGAAAUAUUGGACCUAGGUACGGACAAGGAGAAAUGAGAGACUUGCUGUUUUUCAAGCGAUUCCCUUGAGUUGGUGGAAGGAUGCUGCUCUGUCCAGGUGCUCUGUGGCAUGGCCCAUGUGGACAGCUCUGCCCCUGCCCCAGGAGGGAAGCACAGAUGAACUGUCCACCAAAGGCCAGCCAUGAGAGGAGAGAUGGCGGCUUGGGGGAAGAUCUUGUGCUGGUUCUACCCAUUGCUGCUCAGGCUGACUGGUCUUAAGGUUCUGGGUGGGACAGAAGGUGCCCAGGGGAAGAAGUGUCUGGGUUUAGGCGGGGCCCUGGCUCCUCCUGGCAGUGGGUGUUUGAGCUAGAGCAGCUUUUGCCCCAGACUGAUGGGUCAUAUGGAAAUGACAGAUGCUUUGAGCUGUGUGCAUCUGCCCAUUGUUGGGUGAUGUGUCUCCCGCACCCUGCCUGCCUCAGCUGCCCUGGGCGAGCUGACAGCCUUCACAGAGUUAGCAAGCUAGGCUCUUGCCCUGCAGUAUCCCCUACUACCAAAUUCUUGUCCUCGUGAGCGCCGUGGCACUUGGGGUUCUCCACAAUCAAUGGUUGCUGGAGCUUUGGAGGAAGGGUUACACUGUUAGUCCCAUGGGAUGCAGUGCAGUAGGAGUUCCCUUGUCUGAUGCUCUAGCUCCUUGGUCAGCAGAGCCUUAGGGAUUCAGUUCCCAUCUCCCCAGGGCUCAGCUCUGAUGUCUCAGGCCCCUAUUCCUCUGCCUAGGUCCCUGCUUGCACCUUUCCUGGGUGCUUUUGGGCACAGCAAAGCUUCUCCUUCCUGUAUCAAGGGUUAAGUGGAGUGGGCACUGGCUCCUGGAAAUGACAGCCAAUCCCCUCCCCCUGUGCACAUGCACACAACCCAGCUGGAAACUCAAAGGCAGCAGAAUGCUGGACCCAGGAAAGCCAAAAAGGGAGCUGCCUGCUGCUGCUGCCUGGGGGGAAGGGGGCCAUGUCCCUCUCUUGCUACGCUGUUUAGAGCAGCAGUGCCAGGGCUCCUGGCUCACACUCAGGGAGGGGAAGCUGAGAACACUGGGGAUGGCCCCCAGUUUCAGUGUGAGGUGGCUGGAAUCAGUGCCAGCAGCCAGGCACUAAACAGAGCCCCCCUGAAAACCCACCCCAGGUGAAAUCCAGUGGUGAUGAGUGCUGUACCUUCCAGGGCACCGGGAGAGUGCGCAAUAGGAUGGCACCCCCGCCUUUCAGAUGGCCCACUGGCCAAGUACCCCAGCCCCUCUGGCUGGGUAAGGCCCCCUUCCCAACUCAGCUCUUGCUGGUAACCCUCACCUCAUCUCUGCUCGACUCAGAACAAAGAAAGAAUGUUGUCUAUCACCUCCACAGUUACCUAAUAAAGUGUUUUUCUUUCUAGCCUGGUAUUCUGGCUCCCGGGCAGGGUGUGGGAGCUUAUCCUAUGCCACACAAAUUCCACCUGCCCAUUACCAGGGGCUCUUGCUUCAGACUUUCAUGUCCUUAACUCGCUGAUGGUGGUGGCUCAUUAACAGAGGGUGAUCUUGUUAAGAAGCUCCAGGCAAUGACGGGUAGAGGGGAAACUGUGACUACCCAAGCUGCUGAGGGUGCCGUGUGUCACAGCAGAAUGAGUCAGAAGCCUUGAGAUCUCAGCCCAAGACCAGCAGGAUUGGCUCAGGCCCCUGUGGGGGUGGCACAGCUCCUGGAGGAAGUGAUGGCACUGCUGCCGUACACUGGCUGAGGGGAGAGCACCUGCAGCUGGGGUUUUCCAGCUGGGCUGGGAACGUUUGUCAUUGCGGCCCCAGGGUGCUCGGAGGGGGGAAGAGUUCUGAGCUAGGUCACUACAUUGUGCUUCCAGGACUCUGCGCUCCCCGUCCUGUGCAGCGUUAGGUGACGGGAGAGCUGUGACAUGCUACACACAGCAGCCAUUCCUCCCUUGUGCUGGGCCGGCUGCCUCGGGUAAACAGGAGAGCAGCGCUGCAGGACUAUCCAUUACAGCUGACACUCACACGACAUUUUAUUGAGGGCAGGAUCACAAUGAGGAACAAAGAACCAAGGGACUUUUCUAAGUGCAGCUUCCAGCUUGUAACAAACCCAGCAGCCAUUCAGGGUCAGGCAGAACCUCUUGCCCCGGCUGCUCACCUAGCUCAAGGUUCUUUUCAGCCCAUAGGAAUGUGUUCACACAUUGCCCUUCCUUGGAGCUUCUGCCAGGGGCUGGUGAUGGGCCACUGGCACUGGGUGGAGAGGGGCGCAGGAUAGAUACGAAGUUUGCCCUGACUGCUCUCUUGGUGCAAAGAUGAUAGAACAAUCCACAGCCCUCGAGCGUGUCUCCAGCAGCUGCAUUUGAGUGGAAGUUCGGGAUACCGUCCUCCUAGGCAGCGCUGGACCACCCAGCAGGAGGCACCCUGAGAAUAUCGACAGGUCAAGAGGAGCCUGUACUGCGUCUGCCUUGGGUCCUAUAGCAGCUGG